UAAAGAAGAUCUGUAGAGGAGUGGGCCAAAAUCCCUAAUGCAGUGUGUAUUAACCUAGUGAAGAAAUAUAUGAACCGUUUGACCUCUGUAAUUGAUUAACAACGGCUUCUGUACCAAAUAUCAAAGUUGUUUAACUCAAGUGAUCAAAAACGUAUUUGUCACAGACUUUUACAAAGAAAUUGUACAACGUGAUUUCUGAAUGUUUCUUCAGAUUCUGUCUCUCACUGUGGAAAUGCACAUAUGAUGAAAAAUUUAGACACCUCCAUGUUUUAAAAUUGUGAGAACUUGCUGAAUCACAGGGUGAUCAAAUACUUAUUGACCUCACUGUAUAUAAGUAUCAAUGUUACUGUUUUUCUUGGAAAACAAUGGAUCACACAUAGGAUGUAUGAUCCAUCCCCUUGGGUCCAACCUGAAGCUAAGUAUCAGGAGCUGAACAUACGUACAUUAUUUUUUGGGAGUAAAUGGCAAUAUGCAAUUUGAAUUGAUCUCAAGACCUCAUCUCUCACAUCCACAUAAAAUUUUGAUCAUACCGAAAACGUUUAACCCCUUAAUAUCCAUUGAUGCACAUAUGCAUAUCCAUUCCAAUAUAUUUAAAUUUUUUCCGCAGGUGUAAAUUAAUGUAGAUGUUAAUAGGUAAACAAUGUAUGAAAUUCAUAAAUUAUAUAUUUUAAUGUGACAGGCUCUGAAAGUUUUCAAAGCUAAAGUUUAAUUCUAUAUCAAAUGAAAGUAUAAAAAGGGGCCUAUGCUUUGUUCUUGUGCGCUUGCUUUGAAGAGGGGGAGGGGCGGCAAUGACUGCGCGUGAGUAGUUAAAGGACUGGCUUGCCAAGAAGCUGAUGCAAGACUACAAACGGUCAAGAUGCCACGAGGAUCUACAACAAAACUUUGUGUCAGCUGCAAAGCUGUGAUUGGUGUGGCAACUAAGACAUGUAAAGUAUGCCAAACAAUCCAGCCAAUGAGGCAAAGGCUUGCCAAAAAACUGGAGAAGUUUCAAUCCAAAAAGGAGACUUGGUUGCAAAAACACAAGAAAAACAAAACCACCACACAUGUUUUGGAUGAGGCAUCGGUUUUGGUGGAAAAGUUGAAUACUUUGGGACAAAAAGCCGUUGUGUUUAUUGCCAGACCUGGAAAGAAAACAUCUACGUGGCAUACACAUGUCAUUCACCCUAGGUGGCAAUUAACCGAUCAAGCUGGACAGUGUCUGGACCGCAUGAAAGACCUAUAUGAGCUAAUGAUCAAUGGUUGGACGAGCCUUCAAAUGCCCUCUGGUCCAGUCAUCCAGCCUUCAACCUCACCAGCCAUUCAACCUUCAACUGCACCAUCCAUCCAGCCUUCAGCCUCACCAGCCAUUCAACCUUCAACUGCACCAUCCAUCCAGCCUUCAGCCUCACCAGCCAUUCAACCUUCAACUGCAUCAUCCAUCCAGCCUUCAACCACAGGUGUUCCAGCAAAGAAAAAGAAAAAAAGAGAUAACAAGAAAGAUUCACCUGGAGAGUGCAGCCAUGGGGGAGAAGAUCAGUUUUACCCAGUGAAGCAGGUCUUGAAGACAAAAAAGCAGAAGGGGAAAUUAAUGGAGUUUGUUGAAUGGGAGCCAUGUUCCAUGUGUGGGAAAACAUGGUCUCCACAGUGGGUGGAAAAAAGGAACACCAAAAAAUAAACCCCAAAGGCACCUCUGUUGAUCAGAUUGACCUUUUAAAUUAUUAUUGUUGUUUGUGUUACUGCUUUCUAAUUGUUGUUAAUAAAAAUGUUCAAAUGAAAGGGUUUGAUCUACAUUUUUUAUUGCUCAACAUGCUCACAUGUAUGAUAUACCAUAGAGGUAGGACACAUUUGUUGUGAAAUUCUAAACAAAAGUUUACAAUAAAAAACAUACAAAAAAUUUGUCAUAUAACCAGAUAUCAGGUUUUUGUGUUGGAUUGUCACAGCUAUGGCAAUUGCAAAUGAUCAUACCUCAAGUUAUAAUGAUACAUACUUAAUAGUAAAUCAUUUUUGGUAUUUAGUAUAAUGAAAUAAGAGCAAAGAUGUAAUGCAUGGAGCUGUAUUGUGCAACCUAAAUAGAUGAAUGUAUAUUUGAGGUAAAAAAAAAAAAAAAAA